UGAAUGAAAGAAUUAUUACGGUGAAUUGCCGAUUCUCGUUGAGAUUUAUUCUCAUUUUCAAAAAAAAAAAAAAAAAAAAAGGGAAUCCCCUUUGGUUAGAUUUAUUAGAUAUAUAAUUUUUUAUUUUACUUAAAUUAUUUGUUUUAUUUUUUCUAAAAGAGUUUUUAAUAAUAGUAGCCAUUAAAUUAUUUUUAUGACUAUUAUUUUAGUUUGAUAUAUAGUAGAAACUCUUUAAAUUAAUACUCGGUAAAUUAAUAAACUCUCUAAAAUAAUAAAUUUGUCCGGUCCCGACUUGGGCCAAUGUAAAAAAUUGAAAAACUCGAUAAAAGAAUAAGAUAAUAAUUUUUUGGGAGAUCCCUUCAUAAUUUUCGGUACUAAGAAAAUCAUAAAUUAAUAAUUCAUAGAAACUGAAAAGAAUAUAUUACACUCUAUUAAAAUAUGAUUCAGUAGUUGUCUGUUUUCCUUUUAGAUUUUGCAACACCCUUUAGAUGAGAAGCCAUCCUGUGAGAUAUGGUUUGAAUACUCUAACAUAUUCAUGUAAUUUAUAUAUGCCAAACUUGUUUAAGAAUAUAUUGAACACAUUUAUUCCUCUUGUUUACAUUUGUAGUUGUGCAGUACUUUAAAAGUCGUUAUUGAUUUUCAAUGCAUAUGAACACUGUAGUUACUAAUACUUAUAAACUUUCAUCCUGCAAAUGUACAAAAAUCAUCCAGUUUGACCACUUAAUUCCCAAUUAAUCUUUAUAAGAGGCUCGGACAAUACAUUUUUAAAUUCAAUAGACCCCUACAUAUUUUCAUUAACAUAAUAGAAUUAUUCUAUUAAUUAUAUAUUAUAUUAUGAUAAAUUCAACUAAUACUCUGUUAUUCCUAUUAAUUACAUCAAUUAGUCCCGAUAUUCAAUUUUGUAAUAAUAAUAAAAAUCAGUUCGAUGCACCUCUUUGAUGAUCUUUUCAAUUAGUCAUCAGCUGGCAUCAUGAAGCUCAGAAAUAAAAUCAGUUUGAUGCACCUCUUUGAUGAUCUUUUCAGCCCUUCAAUUCAUUAAGGACAUCUGUUGUUUGCUUUUGAAAGUUCCCUUUUUCCAUCCUAGUGGUAUUUUUUUUAGUUUGAUUGCAAUAUUUGUUGACAAGUCCACGUGCUUUAUGUUUUAUUUUAAAAGCACGUGUACUUGAUUGACAUAGGUAAAGUUGAUUGUCUUACAUCCAUGUUUGUGUAAUUUUAAAAUAUCUUUUGCAGAAUAUAUUUAAGUUUGACUGAUAAUCCUCAUGUUAUCUCAUAUUUUUUCGUCCAUCUCAGCUGGCGUCUAAAGAUCGGAAAUCUAAUUAGAUAACUGAUUUUUGUUCUCUUAAACUCCUGUAGUAUUGCUUAGAGCACCUAGUUUGUGUUUCUCAGGAUCAUGUUUUAUGCCCUCUAAAUUGGCCAAUCUGUGUACCUUAUGCAUGAUAAAUGAUCAUAGAUUGCAAUGCAGGUUCAGUGGGAGCAAAUUUCUGAUGGACUAUUUGCUAUGGGCUAUACUAGUCAUCUGGAAAUCUUACUCCUUACAAAAUUCAUUAAACAUUUUAUUUGUGCAAGCCCUUUGUUGAUCAGUUGAAAAAUAAUCUUUGCAUUUUGUUUACAGCUCAGGAAAUGUCUUCUUUGAACUAUGUGAUAUUGUCAUGUCAAUUUGGGACUGAAUCAUAUACUGUGUAAUGUAUAUGUAGGUUUAUUUAUAUGUGUAUAUGAGCUUAAUGGAGAAAAAAGAUAUGAAGUAAACUGAUAUUUUAUUACAAGCAAGUGGUCUUUUUUGUGGGGGCUUCAGCAUAACUUGGAUUCAGUCGGUGUCAUCCUUUUCUUUUCUUUGCAGUAUCAUUGGGCACUAUCACAUUUAGCCAUGCGAGAACAGAGCUUUAUUUAUGAAGGUAGCAUACAGCCUGACAAGACCUGAAAGAACAAGGUAUAUAUUUGUAUAUUUUCACUGUAUUAGGCUCAGCAAGUAGUCAUGUUCUUUGGCUAUAUUUUCACUUUUUUUCCGGCAGGUGUAAAUAAAAACUGUUACAUUUUUCCUUUAUGAAAGACUCUGUCUUCUAUUUCCUUAAAUGUUCUAUACUUCCCUGUAUAUUGCUAGAGACCAGAGCUCUUUAGUAAUUGCGAGAUGCUUAAGAUAUUUAUCAGUGAAGUUUAGUUUUUGUUUACUUUUCCAUUUCUAAAGAGGCCAGCAGGACUCUGCUAUAUCUCAGGUGCUGGAUGGAGAGAAAAGCUCUGUUAGAUUUGACGUAACCUUCUUUUUUUGGUUUAAUGGAGUAUGUAUUACUAUAGAACACUAAUGAUAAGAUCUCCACUUCACUAUGGAUAUAUUAUUGUAUCCAAUUUAUGAUUGCCAUAAUACCAUUAAAAGACAAAUUUGCCUGAAACACGUACUUUUUUUGUUUAUAUUUUCUAUUGAUAUAUGAAGGUACAGAUAUAUCAAGUGCUUAUGAAUCUAAGAAUCGGUGAGUCAUCAAGCUUCAUCGAUAAAGACCUCAACCACAUGUCUUUGGAAGCUGAGUCUGCAAGGAAGCCAUCUGGUGAAAGGAAGCCACUGAAGUUCCUUAGAACAUCUGUAGACGAAGACAAUAAGGAACAAUUGAGGCAGAACAUGAUUUUGAACCCUCCUGCUUGUGAGAGUAAAUUUGAUGGCCUAGGAGAUUUUCUCAAGUAUUGCAACUUCUGUCGCAAAGAGAUCCCACAGGAUAAAGAUGUGUUCAUGUACAGGGAUUACUGUGCAUAUUGUUCUGAACAGUGCCGUGAUUAUCAAAUUGAGCUUGACGAGUGGGUUGAGAAGCAGUUGGAAGCAUCUAAAGCAGCAGUUCGGGAGCAAGAUGCAAAAAUGAAUGGUUCUCACUAAAUCGUUAAGCGGAGAGGGCUAUGAUCCUGUUAAGAGUGCCCCAUGUUCCAGUGUCAAUGGCUUGUCACUACUGUCUAGUUUUACUAUGUCGUGUUUUUCUUUCGUUAGUACUAUUUUCAAUUUGGUAAACUAUUACUAUGUUUAUAAUCCUGGGGUUCACCUCGGAUUAUAUGGAUAUCGUGUUAAUGUAUGAAGUUUUUUAAUUUCGGCUUUACCUUGGAUUUUAUAGAUAUUUUUUUUUCAAUAAAUGAAGUUGUAAAAAUUAUAGGUGA